UUGUGGUCCAGGUACACGCUGGUGCAGCCACCUGACGGCACCUUGGGGAGCCAACAUAACGGCACCUGGACGGGGAUGGUGGGCAUGGUGAUUAAUCAGGAGGCAGACAUAGCUCUAGGACCCUUCGUGAUGUCUGAGGCGCGGGCCGCCGUGGUAGACUUGUCCAUGCCUGUGGUGUUGGACUAUCUAAGACUGCUGAGUGUCCGUGGCAAGCCCCAGGUCAACCCCUGGGGGUUGUUCUUACCUUUCCGCCCGCUGGUGUGGGCGGGUAUGGCUGGGGCGCUGCUGGUGGCGUGGGCGGCCUCGGUGUUAGUAAUGAUGCAGCCGUGGGUGUCCCUGGCUUCACGCCAUCACAUGGCUUCAUGGAGACCCUACAGGAUCUUUUUCGAACACAUUCGGGCACUCCUGCAACAAGACUGUGAACUGCGGUGUUUCUGGGGCUGGGAGAGGCUGGUGUUCGCGUCGUGGUUGAUGGUGACUAACGUGUUGCUCUGGAGUUACGGUGGUAACCUGACGUCGCUGCUGGCGGUGCGGUCUGUGCCUCAGCCCCUGCAGACCCUGGCAGACCUCCUGGUACACCCCUCCAUCAUCGCUGUCUUCGAGCAAGACACAGCUUACAGUCAGCUCCUAAAGAAUGCAGAGAGUGGCAUCUUCGUGGACCUGGCUCUACUGGAGGAGCAGAAGAGGAUCAGGUAUGUCAAGACGACAGAGUUCCACAGCGUCGUCACCGACAUGAAGAAAGGCGGCGAUUAUGCUCUUAUUAUCGAGGAACUGGGCAUCAGGAAUCUCAUGGCUGACGAUGUCUCAAAGACAGGUCACUGUGACUUGUACAUCUCCCGUGAGAAGAUACUUCCCAGCAUCAAGAGUAUCAUCACUUACAAGGACUCUCCGCUGCUUGAGGCAUUCAAUGUCAGGAUCCACAAACUCACCACUUCUGGCUUGUACAUGCAUUGGCUCAAAGAGGCCAUGCCCAACUUUACCACCUGCUCCAAUCUGCGGCCAUCCAUCACAGUCCAAGAGCCUAUCGCUGUCUCCAAUAUAUGGGGUGUGUUCAUGAUGCUGGCCUCGGGACUGGUUCUGAGCAGCGUUAUCUUCUGCUUGGAGCUGAUGACUGCCAGGUACUACAGUAGCGACGGUAGCAGAAGCAGGACUCCUGCGGACUCCAACCAAAAGGCAGCCAGACACGCCUUCGCCAACAGAAGGGCAGCCUGGAACGCUUCCAAUAACAGGACAACUGGUAACGCCUUCGUCAAUAGAAGGGCUGCCUGGGGCGCCUCCGACAACAAGACAAAAGGGAACGCAUUCCCCAAACAAAGGGGCAGCGUGGGACCCUCCGACAACUGGAACGCCUUCGUAAACGUCAGGAACAAAUACCUUCGUCAAAAGAGAGACAGCCGAGGACGUCUUCGCAACAAAAGGGGCGGUCUGGAACCCUUUGUCAUGGAAUGA